AUGUACAGCCGCCUUAUAUCGCACUGGGGGCUAACAAGGCUCGUGGCGGAUGUCUCAAGCAGGCGUGGACCCACGGGAUCGAAAAGCACGAUUGCAAGGUCGCCCGGCGGACGAUCCUUCAGGCAGGCAUUUUUGUAUUCAUGCGCAGAUACGACGCCGGACACAAGUUUGACGAUGAAGCAGUUUUCAAAUAGUAUCAGAGCUGACAGAGCUGGCUUCAAAACUAGAUUCUGGGAUGGCGGGACGAUAGUACGGGUGGCAUUCUUCGCUACCGCCCGUCCCCGUGCAGCCCUUGCAGAAGUAGGCACAGUGAUUUCUCCUUCCCUUCGCGGGCCUGCCAAGAUAUCCGGAUUUGACAGGCGUAGAUACGAUAUUGCAGCCGUCAACCCCGAGAUCUGGAGUGCGCAGAAUCAGAGGUCUGAUGCAACAACGAAUCUGAAACAUUAUCAUGGUUUGUUCAUACCGACCCGCAAGGGGUGUAAACACCUCACAAAUACGAGAGUGCAACAGAAGUAA